AAGGAAAUGAAAGGAGAAAAUGUCACCAUUUGGACCUCUUUUGUCCUGGAGGGGUUUUCCAGAUAUCCAAAGUUAGAGCUAGCUCUCUUUGUCUUCAGCCUCGUAAUGUAUCUGAUAACCCUCUUGGGCAACAGCACUCUUAUUUUGAUCACUGUCUUAGAUUCCCGUCUUCAUACUCCCAUGUACUGGUUCCUUGGAAACCUCUCUUUCAUGGAUAUCUGUUACACAUCUGCUUCGAUUCCCACUUUGCUGGUGAACUUACUGUCAUCCCAGAAAACCAUUACCUUCUCGGGGUGUGCUGUCCAGAUGUAUCUGUCCCUUGCCAUGGGUUCCACGGAGUGCGUGCUCCUGGCUGUGAUGGCGUAUGACCGUUACGUGGCCAUUUGCAAUCCUCUGAGAUACCCCAGCAUCAUGAACAGGCAGGUCUGUGUGCAGAUGGCCUCUGUCUCCUGGGUGACAGGCUGCCUGACUGCUCUGCUGGAGACCAGCUUUGCCCUGCAGGUGCCCGUCUGUGGUAAUGUCGUUGAUCACUUCACCUGUGAAAUUCUGGCAGUGCUCAAAUUAGCUUGCACCAGCUCCCUGCUCCUGGACUUGGUCAUGCUGGUGAUCAGCGUGCUCCUCCUGCCCAUCCCAAUGCUCUUAAUUUGCGUUUCUUACGUCUUCAUCCUUUCCACUAUUCUGAGAAUCAGCUCAGCCGAGGGAAGAAGCAAAGCUUUUUCUACCUGUGGUGCCCACCUGACUGUGGUCAUUUUAUAUUACGGGGCUGCCCUCUCCAUGUACUUAAAACCUUCCUCAUCAAACUCACAAGAAAUAGACAAAAUCAUCUCAUUGCUUUACGGAGUGCUGACCCCUAUGUUGAACCCCAUGAUUUACAGUUUAAGAAACAAGGAAGUCAAAGAUGGUAUGAAAAAGUUGCUGGGCAACAUACCUUUGUAUCAAACGCAUGAAAAUCUCUUGACUGGGUGCCUUUUACCAGGGAUGGGUUCCUGA